AUGCUCAAUUCCAAAGGAAUAGUGGUUUUCUCUGGUGGAAGCGCGGCCAAUAGCCUCGUCGACGCAUUCGAAGCCGUACGAGAGAACAAGGACUGCCCCUUAAGUUAUAUUAUCCCCAUCAGCGACAAUGGAGGCUCUUCCUCAGAGCUGAUACGAGUGUUUGGUGGUCCUGGAAUCGGCGACGUCCGCAGUCGUCUCGUCAGGCUCAUACCGACUGAUCCUCCGUCUCCGGAGAGGUCGGCGAUAUCCUCUUUGUUCAACCAUCGCUUAACGUCAACAUCAUCUGCGGACGCAGCGACGGAAUGGCAAUCGAUUGUGUCGGGCACAUCUGAUCUAUGGCGUGGCAUCCCCUCGGCAAAGAGGGAACUCAUCCGCUCAUUCUUCAAUCUUCUCAACCUCGAGGUCCUCAAACGAUCGAGGCCCUCCUCUACAUUCGAUUUCACCUCGGCCAGUGUUGGAAAUCUCUUUCUGACCGGAGCACGAUUAUUCAGUGGCAGCUUCGAAUCUGCCAUCUAUUUGUUGAGCAGUAUAUGCGCCAUUCCCGAUGGCGAAGUACGGGUCAUCCCCAGCAUAAAUUCCAAUUUCACCCACCACAUUGCGGCCGGACUUGCAAAUGGAGAAGUCAUCGUGGGCCAAAACAAUAUUUCGCAUCCUGCGGCGGCAACUGCUCUAGAGAUGCGAACAGUUUCUUCUGACCCGCCACAUGCGGUCAGAACUUGUCACAGUGUGGAUCACGUGGAGGAAAUCGAAGACGCUAAUCUCCCGGGGACCUUACCUACUCUUCGCCAACGCAAUAUCAAAUUUAGUAAGGAGGAAGACGAAGACCUCCCAGCUCGAAUCGAGCGAAUAUGGUACAUCAAUCCAUAUGGACAAGAAAUGCUCCCGCCCGCCAAUCCACAGGCAAUCUCGGCGAUCAAACAAUCUCAAGCUGUCAUUUAUUCGAUCGGCUCACUCUAUACCUCCAUCAUACCCUCCAUUGUCCUGAAAGGCGUCGGCGAGGCGCUACGGUCGACUCCGGCUCGCCACAAAAUUCUCAUUCUCAAUGGCUCGCUGGACCGUGAAGUAGGUCCGAGUUCAGAUCCAUACUCCGCAUUGGAUUUUGUUGAAGCAAUUGCUCGUGCCUGCGAACAAUCAAGGGGACACAUCUGGAGGCCGCCUCUCCACAUCUCCAAGUCAGCUGAGACGCUGAAGUCUUCCCACAUAUUCCCCGGAGUUCACCAUGGAGGGUUCCUCGCUCCUGGUACAUCACAUCAUCCCAACGCACACAGUACCGGUCGAGAUUCCAUCUACCGCACGUACGUGACGCACGUCGUUCAUCUGACCGGAGAGGGAACGCCUGAAGUUGACCGUCAGCGCCUUGCGUCUCUUGGUAUUGAUUGCUUGAAGCUGUACGGCCGAAAGAGCGCAAAGGGUGUCAUGUUAUAUGACGCACAAGCCCUGAUUGGUGCGAUUGAAGCGAUCCUGGGCAAAAAAGGGGAUGCCAUGGCAUUGAGCAGAAGUCGCCGAAAUACCUUGGAUGCUUAG